CUUUCACUCGGUAGGCCCUAGUAAAGGAGAAGUACGGCUACUUGUGUGGAAAAAAUUUAAUAAAAUUCAGAAUUCACUUUACGUUAAAGCUCUCUGAUUCAUGACCCUUCAUGCCUUUCAGUCCCCAUCAUCUCAACCUAUCAAGAUAUCAACUUGAAAAGACUAUCUAACCCUUUUAUGCACCCUGUAACCUGGUAACAUGAUAAAGCUGUCCACUGUAGUAACCGCUGUGCCCGAAAGGGUUAAGUAUAGACUGAAAAAGCUACGCAAGUACAGCAAUUAGGUAUUAUUACUUCUCAGCUCUGGCAGAGGUAGAGAUAAAGCUCAUGGGUUAUUUUUAUGUAAAGGCCACUAACAAUGCUGUUACGACUCACCAGGGUGACAAGGCUCCGCAGUUGUUUUUACUGCAUGACAGCUGUGUGUGGGCUCCGAUAGGGCCAAGCUGAAUUCCUCCCGGAUGGGGCGCCGGGCUAAAUUUAGAGGAGCUCGGUUAUAUCCGCUGUCGCCUCAGAUGUGAGCACCUUCAAACUCUGCUCUUUCACCGCAGCCGGUCAGUCGUCUCCACACUGGUGCGCUCUCCAUCCGUUCGCGACCACGAUGGACCCUCGAGGGUUGAAGGAAGAUCUGCGCCUCUUUCAGAGCACCUUGCUUCAGGACGGACUCAAAGAGCUCCUGAAUGAAAAUAAGUUGGUGGACUGCGUCCUGAAGGUAGGCGACAGGAGCAUCCCCUGCCAUCGGCUCAUCCUGGCCGCAUGUAGCCCUUACUUCCGGGAGCUUUACUUCUCUGAAGAUGGCACCGAAGUGGACAAGAAGGAGGUGGUUUUGGAGGAUCUUGACCCCGCUGUUAUGGAAGCGAUUGUGAACUACAUGUACUCGGCAGAGAUUGACAUCAAUGAUGACAACGUGCAGGACGUCAUGGCGGUUGCCGGUCGUUUCCAGAUCCCUUCAGUGUUCACGGUUUGCGUGAACUUUCUCCAGCAGAAGCUAACCAUGAAGAACUGCCUUGCAAUUUACCGGCUGGGGCUGAUGCUCAACUGCCCCAGACUGGCGAUAGCGGCUCGAGAUUACAUCGCCGAUCGGUUCGUGACCGUCGCCAAGGACGAGGACUUUUUGGAACUCGCUCCUCCUGAACUCUUCGCUCUGAUUGGAGCAGACGCCCUGAAUGUGGAGAAGGAAGAGGUGGUCUUUGAGACCCUCAUGAGGUGGAUCAGGAAAGACAAGGAGAAUCGAAUGAAGUCCUUACGGGAAGCCUUCGAGUGCAUCCGUUUCCGUUUACUCCCUGAGAAGUACUUCAAGGAAAAGGUAGAAAAGGACGAACUUAUCAAGAGCGAUCCGGAGAUUGCCAAAAAAAUCAAAGAGAUCAGGGAAGCGUUUGCGGGGAAGUUGCCUGAGAAGAAAAAGGACGAUGCGGAAGGCGAGGAGGCCAAGUUGCCCGGCUACCUGAAUGAUACGCGCAGAUACGGCAUGUUCGCUAAAGACUUGGUGCUGAUGAUCAACGACACAGCUGCGGUGGCCUACGACGGCCAGGAAAACGAAUGCUUUUUGGCCGCCAUGACUGAGCAAAUCCCCCGAAACCACGUCAGUCUGGUGUCAAAGAAGAACAACCUCUACGUGUUGGGGGGACUCUUUGUCGACGAAGACAACAAAGACAACCCGCUGCAGUGUUAUUUCUACCAGAUGGACAGUCUUGGUGGAGGUUGGAUUGCGUUGCCCCCCAUGCCGUCCCCCAGGUGCUUGUUCGCCAUGGGGGAGACGGACAAUCUCAUCUUCGCUGUGGCGGGAAAGGACUUGGAGAGCAACGAAUCCCAUGACACCGUUAUGUGCUAUGACACAGAAAAGAUGAAGUGGAGCGAAACCAAAAAGUUGCCCCUGAGGAUUCACGGACACAGUGUGGUCUCUGAGAACGGGCUGGUUUAUUGUAUUGGCGGGAAGACAGAUGAUAACAAGCCCACCAAUAAGAUGUUCGCAUACAACCACAAGCGGUCCGAGUGGAAAGAUGUGGCUUCCAUGAAGACGCCGCGGUCCAUGUUCGGCGCGGUCAUCCACAAAGGGAGGAUCAUCGUGGCUGGAGGUGUCAACGAAGAAGGCCUCACCGCUGCCUGUGAAGCGUACGACUUUUCAACCAACAAGUGGUCCCCAUUCACAGAGUUUCCCCAGGAGAGGAGUUCGAUCAACCUGGUCAGCUGCGGAGGACUCUUAUACGCCAUCGGAGGCUUCGCCAUGGUGCAGAACGACAACAAGGAGUGCGAGCCCGUUGAAGUUGUGGACAUCUGGCAGUACGAAGACGACAAGAAGGAGUGGACGGGGAUGAUCCGAGAGAUGCGUUACGCGGCCGGCGCCUCCUGCGCGUCCAUGCGGCUCAAUGCAGCCCGCAUGGCUAAACUCUAACGGCUCGGGAAUAGAUUUGAAUUCAUACUCAUGGUGACGUGACAUUAAUAACAUCACGGAUUUUAUGUUUUGACACUUUAGUGGCCAUUCUAAGUGAAUGAUCAUCACGAAUUUUAGUUUUCACCAUUGACGUGACGUAGAACCUGCACAUUUUUUUUUUAAAUUAAAGUAAAAAUAAACAACUGAGAGAAUAUAAAAGAACCCGUGUGCGUGACCAAUCACAUUCAAACUAGUGUCAAAUGGGAGUCAGCACACACAUCUGCCACCAUUUAAAGUGCCUCUGAUGACCCCCCCCAAAUAAAUCUUAGAUGUUCCAGUCGGCUUUUCCUGUCAUGUUUUUGCUCUCUAGCAGAAGCCUGAAGGUUUUGUGCUAACUGUUGAUAAUUAGCUCCACCUUCCCUGCAGCCCCCAGUUGCAGCUGAUGAAAAAACAUCCCCAAAUACGAGCCAGGAGAACAAAAGCUCCAUCUUGAAAUAAAAGAUUUUUAUUGUACAAAAGCAAAAAAAAAAAAAA